AUGGAGUCGAAUCUAGAGUCGACUGACUCCAGAGUCGACUCUAGAGUCGACUCUGGAGUCAACUCUGGAUUUGAUUAUGGAGUCGACUCUGGGGUCGACUCUGAAUUUGAUGAUGGAGUCGACUCUGGGGUCGACUCUGCAGUCAACUCUGGAUUUGAUUAUGGAGUCGACUCUGGGGUCGACUUUGGAUUUGAUUAUGGAGUCGACUCUAGAGUCGACUCUGGGGUCGACUCUGGAGUCAACUCUGGAUUUGAUUAUGGAGUCGACUCUGGGGUCGACUCUGCAGUCAACUCUGGAUUUGAUUAUGGAGUCGACUCUGGGGUCGACUUUGGAUUUGAUUAUGAAUCGACUCUGGGGUCGACUCUGGAUUUGAUUAUGGAGUCGAAUCUAGAGUCGACUGACUCCAGAGUCGACUCUAGAGUCGACUCUGGAGUCAACUCUGGAUUUGAUUAUGGAGUCGACUCUGGGGUCGACUCUGGAUUUGAUUAUGGAGUCGACUCUGGGGUCGACUCUGGAGUCAACUCUGGAUUUGAUUAUGGAGUCGACUCUGGGGUCGACUUUGGAUUUGAUUAUGGAGUCGACUCUAGAGUCGACUCUGGGGUCGACUCUGGAGUCAACUCUGGAUUUGAUUAUGGAGUCGACUCUGGGGUCGACUCUGCAGUCAACUCUGGAUUUGAUUAUGGAGUCGACUCUGGGGUCGACUUUGGAUUUGAUUAUGAAGUCGACUCUAGAGUCGACUCCAUAAUCAAAUCCAGAGUUGACUCCAGAGUCGACUCUAGAGUCGACUCUGGACCUUCCAGUCAGCCUUCCAGUCAGCCUUCCAGUCAGCCUUCCAGUCAGCCUUCCAUCCAGCCUUCCAUCCAGCCUUCCAGCCAGCCUUCCAUCCAGCCUUCCAUCCAGCCUUCCAGUCAAAAAGGUUGUGAAAGAGGAGAAAGUGAAGAAAAAGGUGGUGAAAGUGGUGGACAAAGAGGAGAAAGUGGAGAAAGGGGUGGUGAAUGUGGAGAAAAAAGAGGAGGAAGGGGUGGUGAAUGUGGAGGAAAGGUGGUGAAAGUGGUGGAACAAGAGGAGAAAGAGGUGGUGAAUGUGGAGAAAGUGAAGAAAAAGGUGGUGAAAGAGGAGAAAGUGGAGAAAGGUCACAAGAAUGGGGUGGUGAAUGUGGAGAAAAAAAGUGGAGAAGAAGGUGAAAGUGGAAAAAGAGGUGGUGAAAGUGGAGAAAGAGGUGGUGAAUGUGGAGAAAAAAGAGGAGGAAGGGGUGGUGAAUGUGGAGGAAAGGUGGUGAAAGUGGUGGAACAAGAGGAGAAAGGGGUGGUGAAUGUGGAGAAAGUGAAGAAAAAGGUGGUGAAAGAGGAGAAAGUGGAGUAA